AUGGAGCUGCUGCGGCUAAGGGAAGUAAAUACUAGUGAUUUAUCUUCUGCUGCUGCUGCUGCUGCUGCUCCUCUGCGCUUCCUUGAGUUCACAAACCCUCAAGAACCUGCAUCAAACCCUCAGCAGCAAAUCUUCUCUUCAUACGAAACACCGGAAGUGUUAGAAUCGCUGCAGCAAAGUUCGCUAAUGCAGCAGCAGCAGCUGCAGCAGCUCGUUGCUGGCGACUGUGCUGCAGCAGCACGAGAGGUGGAGAAGCAGAUGCUAUCUAUGGGUAUGUCUCGACAGUUCGCUAAAUCAAGAAAAGAAUUAGUAUUAAAGGCAGGAGAAGAAAUAAAAAAUAAAAAUUUACAACCAAUUUUAAGGGUUUGGUUUACGAGGACUUGUUUUAGGUCGGAGGACGGUUCGCUGUUUGUAACUCUUGAUGAAGAUCUCCGCUUUGCGAGGAAUCUGCCAGACGGAGAUUGGAAGGCCUUCCUAUUUAACGGUGCAGCAGCACUGGCAUCAGAGGGAGCAGCACCGUUCCCUUGGGGAGUAGUAGACGUAUCCAGACGGGCGCCGGGAUCGGGAUCGGGAUCGGGAUCGGGAUCGGGAUCGUCUGGGAUCGAACAAUGCCAACAACUUGUGGGGUCUUCGUCUCCUCCUCCCUCAUCCAUUGAUUUCCUCAGCGGAGUUGUUGCUAGCUUAUUCCCCCUUGAGCUGCAGCGGCUAUCUGCUGCUGUUGCUGCUGGUACUGCAUCUCCUGUUGCUGUUGCUGCUGCUGCUGCUGGUUUGCUGCCUCAUUGGCUUGCAUACACCACAGCAGCACAAGAAGACGUAGAAGCUUACCAUCAAGCAAUCAAUAUGGUUGCACCGCAGCAGCACAGCAGCAACACAGCAGCAGCAGCAGCAGCAUUACCAAUGGGUUCCCACCAUAAGCAGCAGCAGGACGAGCAGCAGCAGGAUGAGCAGCAGCAAGAGCAGCAAGAGCAGCGGCACAAACACCAGCACAAUCACCACCAGGACGUCGCGAUCCCGGCUACUGCCCCUACAACUACUAAUGCUGCAGCAGCUGCUGCUGCAGCAGCUGCAGCUGCAGCAGCAGCAGCAGCAGCAAACCAUGUCUCAUCAAGGGUAUCCAAGCUAGAUGUUAUAUAUAGGGGCCCUGGGGCCUCCAUUGCCCAUGACCAAGAGGCAUCUGUGCAGGAGUUACGACAGUCCCUGGAGACUUCCUCUGCAGGCGCUUCCUUGCAUGCAGGAGGCGGUGGUGUCCGUGGUACCUUGAGGGAGCCUCUGCUGGGUGGCAGCAGCAGCAGCAGCACGAACAACAACGGCAGCAGCAGCAGCAGUGGUGGUGGUGGUGGUGGUCGACGUCACCAGCAGCAGCAGCAGCAGCAGUACAGCAGCAGCAGCAGCAGCUGGCUCUCCUGCUGCACAGGCAGCAACAGCUGCAUGCCUACUAUCCGUCGUUGCUGCUCUCGUCUUUCUCGCUUUCUUCGUCUUCGUCAAAGAAAUGGUAGAAAUUAUCGUGGUGCUGCAGUAGUCCCUGCUGGUGCUGCUGCUGCAGCAAAUACAUCAGCAGCAGCAGCAGCAGGAGCUACUGUACGUGUAGAACCUAAGACUUUUUUUGCUAACGAGAGGACCUUGCUGCAGUGGCUAAAUAUUGCUGUCCUCUUAGCCUCUGUUGCUAUAACACUCUUAUCUUUAUCACAGACAGCAGCAAAAGCAGCAGGUUUGCUGCUCGCUCCUGUUGCUAUCUUCUUUAUUGGAUACUCCUUCUGGAUAUAUUUGCGUCGUUCUCGAGCAUUAGAGCGAAAGGAGCCCAUAGACUACAACGAUCACUUGGGUCCUGCUGUAUUGGUUGUUUCUCUUACAUUGGCGUUAUGCGCGAAUAUCUUUUUAAAUGUAUUUAAUUCAGAGGCGGAUGCCUCCUCCUCUUCCUCUCCUGCUGCUGCUGCUUCUCCUGAUCCUGCUGCUGCUGCUGCUGCAGCAGCAGGAUCAGCACCAGGUGCUGCUGGAGGAGGGAUAAGGAUGGAAGCAGAAUUGCUGCCCGUACAAAAGAUUGCUGCACGAGUUGCUGCUGUUGGUCUUCCUGUUGCUCAGUUGUUGAGUUCUGCUGCAGCAAGGACCUUACCAGCAGCAGCAGCAGCAGCAACAGCAGCAGCAGUAGGAGCAGCAGCAAACAACUACAAUAACAGCAGCAAACCCCCUACAGCAACAAAUGGCAGACUAGAGGCCCUUAAGUCAGCACUUGCUGCUGCAGCAACACAGGAAGGAGAAAAGACCGCAGCAGCAGCAGCAGCAGCAGAAGGGACACCAGCAGACAGAGAAGCAGCAAAGGCUGCUGCUGUUGUUGCUGCUGCUGCAGCCCGAGAGGUCGCGCGAGUGCGGGCUGCUGCAGCUGCCGCCGCUGCUGCUGCUGCUAGGGAGGCAGCAGCAGCAGCAGCAGAAGCUGAAGCUGCAGCAGCAGAAGCAGAAGCUGCAGCAGCAAAGCUUAGUAAUGAAUAA